CGCGGUUGGCAGAUGCUUGUUGCUGGUCCCUUGCACUUGUCUCGUGCCGUGUAGGCUGGGUGCUUCCCGCGAAUGACGGUGGUCCCGGAUGCUUACUGCCAAAUCAUGCCUGCACUAGGUAUAGGUCUGGGUAUCCCCUCUUCAGCAUGAGCCUGACCAGCUGCGGCCACGCUACAUUCCUACAUUUCUCAACGUGUCGACAGCCUCAUCCUGACCCCAAGUCGCCAGGGCACGACUUUGGGCACAAAGCUGUACGAGCGCUUUGCCAUCAUAAAGAUACCGACCAUGGCCGUCAUAUGGGGGCUUGAUCUUAAUGAGAUGCAAUGGGCCAAGUUCAAAUCAGGCUACAUGUGGAAUACCGCAUACCACAACCGCUGCACAAAGUUCAUCGUCUACCAGCUGGCCAUGAUCCUGUGUGUUGUCAGCGAGAGUCUGGGAACGGCUGCGCUCUCUGAUUACGUCGACCAGCAAAAGUUUGUUGCAAGACUUGACAGCAAUGCCACUGUCCACAACAACAACUUUGUCGGUAUUGCCUCGUACAACAUCUUCGUCGGCAUCUUUGUCGCCACCAUUUUCGGUGCCGCCUUCUUCUUCGACCUCUUCUGGCCGGAACGGUUCGAAGCGCCAGGCGUCAAAGUUGGGUGGAAAGUCUGCUCAGUCCUGGCCUGCAUGCUUACCCUUUCGUGCGCUCUGGCAUACACGUACAUUGUUGCAAGUCAGAGCGCGUAUGUAACGGGUACGAAUUCUGCAAAUGCGCAGCGGCUCUUGGCCAUGUACGGAGGAAGCCCGCUGAAAUACAGCGAGAACGGCCGAGCCAUUGCCAGUGUCGUCUUCCUGUGGCCUGGCAUGAUCUUCACGUUUGUCAGUACUUACCUUGUUUGGCACUCGCUGGCGCACAUCGAUGCCUACGGACCGAUGUCUAGGCAUGCGCGCUCGGAAAAGCCGGUCGAUCGGAAUAGUGUUGCAGAUUCCAAUGGUCUGGAUGGCGCCACAGCCGUCCAACCGCCAGCGCAGGCACAUGUAUCGCACGACAAUGUUGUAUAGGGAGGGCAUUCGGCGCAUGUGUCAGAUGCGGCUGAUCAAACCUCUUCUGAACAAGGGAUGGAACUGCAAUGCAUGAGUCGAGUUUCGCGGAAUUGAGGAAGAGUAAAGGCAUGCACCUUGCGAGGUGGAUACGGCGUCGUGGGUCACCCAUAAAAGGAUAUAAUGCGGCGUUGAGAAAUUGUGCGGCACGAGUCGAUUGCUGCGUUGCACCUUUGGUUGUUGGUACAUGAAAGGAUGAUACCCAUUAUUCGCAGAAAGUAGC